AUGGCAGUGAGCGAGAGGAGGGGGCUCGGUCGCGGGAGCCCGGCGGAGUGGGGGCAGCGGCUACUUCUGCUGCUGUUGUUGGGCGGCUGCUCCGGGCGCAUCCACCGGCUGGUACUGACGGGGGAGAAGCGAGCAGACAUCCAGCUGAACAGCUUCGGCUUCUACACGAAUGGCUCCCUGGAGGUGGAGCUGAGCCUGCUGCGGCUGGGCCUCCAGGAGGCAGAAGAGAAGUCCUUGCUGGUGGGCUUUAGUCUGAGCCGAGUCCGAUCUGGCAGCUCCCGAUCCUAUUCAACCCAGGAUUUUCAUGACUGCCCUCUUCAGAAAAACAGUGGCAACUUCCUAGUCCUCUUCCUCAUCAACAUCAAGGAUCUGCAGGUUCAGGUACGAAAGUAUGGAGAACAGCAGAAAUUACUCAUCUCUCCUGGGCUCCUCCCCGAAGUACCCUCAGAACCAGGGCUCCCAAAGCCAGAGUCCAUGGUCACUCCCAAGGACAAGAGUGGGACCACUGCAGUCAGCAAGGCCCAGUCACAGCCUACAGUGUCUCAGGGACCUGGUGGGAAGGACAAGGAGCUGGUGUUGGGUCUGGGCCACCUCAACAACUCCUACAACUUUAGUUUCCAUGUGGUGAUUGGCUCUAGGGCUGAGGAAGGUCAAUACAACCUCAACUUCCACAACUGUAACAACUCAGUGCCUGGAAAGGAGCAUCCGUUCGACAUCACGGUGAUGAUUCGGGAGAAGAACCCUGGUGGCUUCCUGUCAGCCGCAGAGAUUCCCCUUUUCAAGCUGUACAUGGUCAUGUCUGCCUGCUUCCUGGCUGCUGGCAUCUUCUGGGUGUCAGUCCUCUGCAGGAACACGUACAACGUUUUCAAGAUCCACUGGCUCAUGGCAGCCCUGGCCUUCACCAAAAGCAUCUCUCUCCUCUUCCACAGUAUCAACUACUACUUCAUCAACAGCCAAGGUCACCCCAUUGAAGGCCUCGCGGUUAUGCACUACAUCACGCACCUGCUGAAGGGUGCCCUCCUCUUCAUUACCAUCGCUUUGAUUGGCUCAGGCUGGGCCUUUGUCAAGUAUGUCCUAUCAGAUAAAGAGAAGAAGAUUUUCGGAAUUGUUAUCCCCCUGCAGGUCCUGGCCAACAUAGCCUACAUUGUCAUUGAGUCCCGUGAAGAGGGCGCCAGCGACUACGGGCUCUGGAAGGAGAUCCUCUUCCUAGUGGACCUCAUUUGCUGCGGUGCAAUCCUCUUCCCUGUAGUCUGGUCCAUCCGGCAUCUCCAGGAGGCAUCUGGCACAGAUGGGAAGGUGGCAGUGAACCUGGCCAAGCUGAAGCUGUUUCGGCAUUACUACGUCAUGGUCAUCUGUUAUGUCUACUUCACCCGCAUCAUCGCCAUCUUGCUCCGGGUGGCAGUGCCCUUCCAGUGGCAAUGGCUAUACCAGCUCUUGGUGGAGGGCUCCACUCUCGCCUUCUUUGUGCUCACGGGCUAUAAAUUCCAACCUGCUGGGGACAACCCCUACUUGCAGCUGCCCCAGGUGGAGGAGGAGGAUGUCCUGAUGGAGCAAAUAAUGACUGACUCUGGGUUCCGAGAAGGCCUGUCCAAAGUCAACAAAACAGCCAGCGGACGAGAACUGUUGUGAUCAUCUCCACAUCUGGGACUAGAUGGUUCUUCUUCCCCACCUCCACCACUUCUCACUCCUGGCCCCCUCCUAAAGCACGGGUCGAGAGGUGUAAGGGGCCAGUGCGGAAAAGCCGCCUAGCUCCUUAGGACCAGGUUCUGGACAAGCCCAUUCAGAAGAAGACAGAGAGUUCCUUCUUACUCCCUUGGUAUUGGGCAGCCCUGUCCUCACUGGCGGACCCCCUCCCUUCCAACUGUAAAAUAAUGACCAGUCUGUUUUGCUA